GGGGUUCUACAAAGAAGCAUCGUUGAAAAAAAUCUGUGUGUUCAUUUUGAGCCUUGACGAGGAAGAAGAAGAAGAAGAAGAAGAAGAAACAAGGUGGUGGGGUUGUUGUUGUUGAGAAAGAGCAACAAUGGAGGGAAAUGAUAUAUACAGAGCAAGUAAUAGUUUAAGAGCAAGAAGUUCAACAGUUUGGAGAAACAGUGGCGUUGAGGUAUUCUCACGGUCAUCGCGUGAAGAGAACGACGAAGAAGCUCUGAAAUGGGCUGCACUUGAAAAGCUUCCCACUUACAACCGUCUCAGGAAAGGGUUGUUGACCGCUUCACAUGGAGCCGCCAAUGAAAUCGAUGUCACUGAUAUUGGUUUUCAAGAGAGACAGAAACUGCUUGAGAGGUUGGUCAAAGUAGCUGAAGAGGACAAUGAGAAGUUCUUGCUGAAGCUCAAAGAACGAGUUGAUAGAGUUGGGCUUGAUAUUCCAACAAUUGAAGUUCGAUAUGAGCACCUCAAUAUUGAGGCUGAGGCUUUUGUCGGAAGCAGAUCUUUGCCCACUUUCAUCAACUCUGCUACUAACGUUAUUGAGAGUUUGCUGAAUCUGCUCCAUAUCAUCCCGAGCAAAAAGAAACAUGUCACUAUUCUUAAAGAUGUCAGCGGCAUCGUCAAACCUCGCAGGAUGACACUGCUCUUGGGUCCUCCAGGUUCAGGAAAGACCACACUCCUUUUGGCUUUGUCAGGAAAACUUGAUUCAAGUCUUCAGGUAUCUGGGAGAAUGACUUAUAAUGGGCAUGAAAUGAACGAGUUUGUACCUCAGAGAACUGCUGCUUACAUCAGCCAGCAUGAUGUUCAUAUUGGAGAAAUGACUGUGAGGGAAACCUUGGCUUUCUCAGCAAGGUGCCAAGGAGUCGGAUCACGUUAUGACAUGUUAUCUGAGUUGUCAAGAAGAGAGAAAGCAGCUAAUAUCAAGCCUGAUGCUGAUAUUGAUUUCUACAUGAAGGCAACUGCAACUGCAGGCCAGGAGUCAAGCAUAGUAACCGAUUACACACUAAAGAUUUUGGGGUUGGAUAUAUGUGCUGAUACUAUGGUGGGGGAUGAAAUGUUGCGUGGGAUCUCUGGUGGACAAAGGAAGCGUGUUACCACAGGAGAGAUGCUUGUUGGACCAGCUAAUGCUCUAUUCAUGGAUGAAAUCUCAACUGGGUUGGACAGUUCCACUACUUUUCAGAUAGUGAGCUCUCUGAGGCAAUAUGUUCACAUUCUUAAUGGAACUGCACUUAUAUCACUGCUCCAGCCAGCACCUGAGACUUAUGAUCUUUUUGAUGACAUUAUCUUAAUCUCUGAUGGCCAAAUUGUGUACCAAGGACCUCGUGAAUAUGUUCUUGAUUUUUUCGAAUCUAUGGGUUUCAAAUGUCCUGAGAGGAAAGGUGUUGCUGACUUCCUUCAAGAAGUUACUUCGAAAAAGGACCAAGCACAGUAUUGGGCACGCAGAGAUGAACCUUACAGAUUUGUAACCGUAACUCAAUUUGCUGAGGCAUUUCAAUCAUUCCAUAUUGGUAGGAGACUUGGAGAUGAGCUUGCAGUUCCAUUUGAUAAGUCUAAGAACCACCCAGCUGCAUUAACCACUGAAAAGUAUGGUAUUAACAAGAAGGAGCUCUUAAAGGCUAACUUCGCAAGAGAGUAUUUGCUUAUGAAAAGGAAUUCAUUUGUUUACAUCUUCAAGCUAUGCCAGCUUACCGUCAUGGCAUUAAUAGCAUUGACACUGUUUCUACGAACUGAGAUGCAUCGUAAUAAUCAGGAUGAUGCCGGUGUUUAUGCUGGUGCUCUCUUUUUUACAUUAGUAACUGUUAUGUUUAAUGGAAUGGCUGAGAUUUCUAUGACCAUUGCUAAGCUUCCUGUAUUCUACAAGCAACGGGACCUUCUAUUUUAUCCCUCAUGGGCAUAUGCUAUUCCUUCAUGGAUUCUCAAGAUUCCCGUCACAUUAGUGGAAGUUGCUGUUUGGGUAUUUCUAACCUACUAUUGUAUAGGAUUUGAUCCAAAUGUUGGAAGGUUCUUCAAGCAGUACCUUGUGCUAUUAUUUAUCAGUCAGAUGGCUUCUGGAUUAUUCCGAGCCAUUGCAGCACUUGGUAGAAACAUGAUUGUCGCUAACACAUUUGGGUCCUUUGCUGUUCUCACUUUUCUUUCAUUGGGUGGCUUCAUUCUCUCAAGAAAGGAUAUCAAAAGCUGGUGGAUUUGGGGUUACUGGAUUUCACCUUUAAUGUAUGGGCAACAUGCUUUAAUGGUCAAUGAAUAUCUCGGGAACAAUUGGCACAACUCUACCUACGAUUUAGGAGCUGUAUUUCUGGAUACCCGUGGAUUCUUCACAGAUGCAUAUUGGUAUUGGUUAGGCCUUGGGGCAUCGGUUGGAUUUGUGUUCCUUUUCAACGCUUUGUUUGGUCUGGCUCUUGAGGUCCUCGGCCCAUUUGAAAAGCCACAAGCAAAUAUAACUGAAGAAUCAGAUGACAGAACCGUAGAAGAAGUUGAAUUACCACGCAUACGUGAGCUAUCUUGCUUAUAUCAUUCUUUAACACUCAUUGGCAAAAAAAGUUCAGGAAGAGGUGAUUCUGUUGUUGAGUCAAGCAACGGAAAGAAAAAAGGAAUGGUUCUUCCUUUUGAACCACAUUCUAUCACAUUUGACGAUAUCAUAUACUCUGUUGACAUGCCACAGGAAAUGAAAGAACAAGGUGUACAAGAGGACAAAUUAGUGCUUUUGAAGGGUGUCAGCGGUGCAUUCAGGCCAGGUGUUCUCACAGCUUUGAUGGGUGUGAGUGGAGCUGGCAAGACUACUCUGAUGGAUGUUCUGGCUGGUAGGAAAACCGGUGGAUAUAUUGAAGGAACCAUAAAAGUUUCUGGGUACCCUAAGAAGCAAGAAACAUUUGCUCGAAUCUCUGGUUACUGUGAGCAGAAUGAUAUCCACUCACCUCAUGUUACAGUUUACGAGUCCUUGCUCUACUCAGCAUGGCUUCGUUUACCUUCAGGAGUUGAUUCCAGUACCAGAAAGAUGUUCAUUGAGGAAGUGAUGGAACUGGUGGAGCUUACAACAUUGAGGAACUCGUUGGUUGGUUUGCCAGGUGUGAGUGGUCUCUCUACUGAACAGCGCAAGAGGCUCACUAUUGCAGUUGAAUUAGUGGCUAAUCCUUCCAUAAUCUUCAUGGAUGAGCCUACUUCUGGGUUAGAUGCGAGAGCUGCUGCCAUUGUUAUGAGAACUGUGAGGAACACUGUGGACACAGGAAGAACUGUUGUUUGCACCAUCCAUCAGCCUAGCAUUGAUAUAUUUGAAGCUUUUGAUGAGUUAUUCUUGAUGAAGCGUGGAGGACAAGAAAUAUAUGUUGGGCCACUUGGUCGUCAUUCUACCCAUUUGAUCAAGUAUUUCGAGAGCAUUGAGGGUGUGAGUAAAAUCAAAGACGGAUAUAACCCAGCAACAUGGAUGUUGGAAGUUACAUCUACUGCACAAGAACUCAAUUUAGGUGUUGAUUUUACUGACCUAUACAAGAAUUCUGAUCUAUAUAGGAGAAACAAGCAGCUUAUACAAGAACUGGGCCAACCUGCUCCUGGUUCAAAGGAUCUUCAUUUCCCUACUCAAUUCUCACAGUCAUUCUGGGUCCAAUGCCAGGCUUGCUUGUGGAAACAGCGUUAUUCAUACUGGCGCAAUCCACCAUACACUGCUGUGAGAUAUUUCUUCACUACUUUCAUAGCCUUGAUGUUUGGAACAAUGUUCUGGGACCUCGGAGGCAAACACUCAAAUAGACAAGACCUGUUGAAUGCGGUGGGUUCAAUGUCGACCGCUGCUCUCUUCCUUGGGGUACAGAAUUCUUCAUCAGUACAGCCAGUGGUAGCAGUUGAAAGAACUGUGUUUUAUAGAGAAAAAGCUGCUGGAAUGUAUUCUGCCUUACCCUAUGCAUUUUCACAGAUUCUAGUAGAGUUGCCUUAUAUUUUUGCUCAAGCAGUGACAUAUGGACUCAUAGUUUAUGCUAUGAUGGGAUUUGACUGGACUGCAGAGAAAUUCUUUUGGUUUCUAUAUUUCAUGUUCUUCACAUUGUGCUACUUCACGUUCUACGGCAUGAUGUCCGUGGCAGUGACACCAAAUCACCAUGUUGCUUCCAUUGUGGCUGCUGCAUUUUAUGCAAUUUGGAAUCUCUUCUCAGGAUUUAUCGUCGCAAGACCAAGCAUCCCAGUGUGGUGGAGAUGGUACUAUUGGGCAUGUCCGGUGGCAUGGACAAUAUAUGGAUUGAUUGCAUCUCAGUUUGGAGAUAUAACUACAGGAAUGGAAUCUGAAAAUGGAAAGUCUGUGAAAGCUUUCCUUGAAGAAUUUUAUGGUUUCAAACAUGACUUCAUUGGAGUUUGUGCAGUUGUCGUUCCUGGCAUCGCCCUUCUCUUUGCUUUUACUUUUGCUGUUGCAAUCAAGGCUUUCAACUUCCAAAAGAGAUAG